AUGCCCGCACUCUCGACUGUAAACGGCAGCAACGGCAGUAACGGCUGGAGCAACGGCUGGAGCCACGGCAACCACCAUGACUUCAAGCCGGCCACGAUCGAUCUGCACGAGUCGCCAGCUACCGACGGCGCGCGCAUGCGGAGCAUUCCCGAGCUGAUCCAAUACAAUGCCGAGACCAACCCCAAGACCCUGUUCUGCUACCAGGCGACCAAGCCCGCCGAGGGCAGCGAGCCCGAUGCACCACCGCCCGUGGCCGCCGUCACCAUGCGGCAGCUACGGGACGCCGUCCACAUCCGCACCGACGAGGAGGAUGUAGGGGCGUUGAACAUGUCAACUCUCCCGUUAUACCACGGAUUUGGCCUGGUCGUGCCGUGCCUCGCGCUCGCCAUUGGCAAGCCGUUCUUGCUACCGCCGGCGCAUGCGGUUCCGACGGGACUGUCAACAGCACGAGCAAUUGAGCAGUUCGGCGCCAAGUCGCUGAUGACCGUCCCACACGUGCUCGACGAGAUCUGCGCCCUGCCGUUCGAUGAAGGCACCCGGGCCCUGCUGCCGCUACAGUUUGUUGCGUGUGGCGGGGGUCCGCUCAAGCUGGCCGUGGGCGAGAAGCUGGCCGCCGCGGGUGUGAAGGUGCUCGCGCACUUCGGGACGACCGAGAUCGGGCCGCUAGCUCCCAUCUUUGCCCCGCCUACUGACUACGACUGGCGGUACUGGAGACUGCGCGACGACGGCUUUGAUAUCAAGGUAGAGCCCAUCUCGCAGGACGGCGCUGCUGCUGGGAGUGGUUCCCAGCAGUAUUACCAGCUUACAGCUGUGCCGUUCAACUGGGAUGGGCCCUUUGUCUUGCAGGACUGGCUGAUCACGAGUGAUAAAUACCCAGGGCGUGACUUCCGAGCGGUGGGCCGCAAGGACGACCUGAUCGUGCUUGUUACCGGGGAGAAAGUACUGCCGCGCAUCCUUGAGUCGAUGCUGUCCGAGAGCGAGCUGGUCAAGGCAGCGGCAGCGUUUGGCGAUGGGCAGUUUGAGCUAGGUGUCAUCGUGGAGCCCGCAGCGCAGAACGUGGUAGGCGCUGAGGAUAUCGAGGCGUUUAAAGCCGCCAUCUGGCCUAUCAUUGUCGAAGCGGGACGCCAGAUGGACAGCCAUGCUCAACUUUCUUCCCUGGCUAGUAUCGUUGUGGCGCCGCCUGACAAGCCACUCCCCCGCUCCGACAAGGGGUCGGUUCUCAGAAAAGAAGCUUACCGCAAGUUCGAGGCAGAGAUACAAAAGGCCUACGACGACAUGGACUCCAGCACCAGCGACAGUGGGCCGCCUCUCGACCCCGAAAGACUCGAAGCGAGCCUCAAGGGGCUUGUUCAGAAUGAACUUGACAGCAUAGGCGUCAAAGACGGUGUCUGGAGCUACAACGACGACUUGUUCGAGCUCGGGGUAAACUCGUUGCAGGCCGCACGCAUCCGGAGGUCUGUAAAGCGAGCAGUGAGUCGUCAAGCAGCGACGUCCCAUUUCCUGCCAGCCGAAGAAGUCAAGAUGGACUUUGUCUACAAGAAUCCUACCAUCAACCGCAUGGCAGAGGCGUUACGACCUGCUGAGCAACAGCAAGCAGCCAGCAGAAUAUCCGAGCAGGCCCUGAUUGACGAUUAUGUCACGCGAUACAGCAUCCUGCCGAAUCCUAGACGCCGCCAUGUCAUCCUACUGACGGGGAGCAGCGGCAGCUUGGGGUCGUAUUUCCUUGCGCAUCUGGCAUCGCUCCCCGACGUGGAACAAGUAAUCUGCCUGAUUCGACAUCGGGGAGGAGGAGUUGUGCCGAACAUGGUCAAUGGCGAGGCCAAGGAGAUAGUCAACGCGCAGAUCAAAAACGCGAGGUCCAAGGGUGCCAUCAUCUCGCCUGAGCACGAAGCCAAGAUUGACGUCGUUCAGGCAGCGCCGUCUAGGCCUCGCCUGGGCCUUUACGAUACGGCCUAUGCCAGCCUCUGCAGGCGCGUCACUCACGUCCUACACUGCGCGUGGCCGGUCGACUUUCAGCGCACAAUGCCGUCCUUUGAGAGCCAGUUCCUCUUCCUGCACCACUUAGUCCAGCUGGCCAGGGAUUGCUCCGAGCAGCGCCCUUCGUCGAGGAGUGCAGUGCCAAGGCUGCUCUUUGUGUCGUCCAUCGCCGUCGUUGGCCAGUAUCACCGCUCACGGGGCUCAUAUAUUGUGCCAGAGGAGGUCCUGGAGGACGUGAAGAGCACCAACGACUUUGGCUACGGAAAGGCCAAGCUGGUGUGUGAGCGGAUCCUGACUAACGUGGCCGGGCAGCUGCGCGGGCAGGUCGAGGUGACGAGCGUGCGGUUGGGACAGAUCUCGGGGGCACGCACGGGCGCUACUUGGAACCCGAAGGAGCAUUUCCCUGCCCUGAUAAAGCUGUCGCAGAGCAGCAGCAUCUCAGCGCUGCCGGGUCUCAAAGGGACCCUCUCCUGGCUGCCGGUGGACACUGCGGCUACAGCCAUGUCCGAGAUCCUGCUGUCCCCAACCCCCGUCGAUCUGAUCUACCACGUCGAGAACCCCGUGCGGCAGGAUUGGCACGGCGUCAUGUCGACUAUUGCGGGCGAGUUGGGCCUCGAGCUGCCGUCUGCACUCGUCAGCCUAGACGAGUGGCUGGCGAGGGCGGAAGCGGUGACAGGCAGCCGCGGGCAGCGGCCAGCGGAUGGCAGCAGCGAUAUGUUGAUAGACUUCUUCAAACACGACUUUGAGCGCAUGGCGACGGGAGGGGUCGUGUUAGACACGUCCAAAGCACGGCGCGUCUCAGAGACGCUGCGCAGGGCCAACAGCGUCGAGCCAGCGCUGGUGGCUCGCUACGUGCAGGAAUGGAAGCGGUGCGGCUUCUUCGACUAG